AUGACAACAAAAACCACAGUUCGUCGGCCAAGACCAUCAUCUUACUCGACCGUAUAUAAAAUCAUCAUCUUUGUUUUUCUCCUCAUCAUCCCCGUCGCCAUUUUCCAUCUCCGCCCAGCUCCAAAUCCUCAGCCUCAUCAACCCGAUCAAGAUAUCCUAACCACCAAGGAAAAACCACCCAUCCCAGACCACAUAAACGAAGAAAACUGCCGUCCCAGAAUCAGAUACGAACCCGGCAGAAGAGGCAUCGCCUGCUACCCAUCCACCGGCGGGAUGUGGAUCGCCAACGCCGAGCCCCUCAUCCUGCAACACCUUAACGUCGACCGAUUCACCCGGACAGAGCGAUUCCAGGAUCCAGCAGAGGAUAAAUUCUGCGAUCGGCUUCGCGUUGUUGGCGCAUCUUGGUGGGACUUUUCACCCGAGACGGUUUACGAAUAUAUCGACUGCGAGCCGGACGAUUGGGAGGUUUAUGACAAGCCCCCCUGGCCUGCGGCGUACAUAUCUAGUCGGUAUGUUGGAUUCCCGGAUGAUGGGGGAAUCCUGGUGUUAAAAAAAAGAAGAUGGGAGCCUGAAGUGGACUUUGGGAGGGGGAUAGGGGGUAUUGAUAAUGCGCUGACGAUGGAGGAAAGGUGUGUGGUGAUGAGGAAGCUGGGGGCGGUUUUCUGUGAGAAUUUGGAGAGAUGUGAGGCAUUGAAAGAUUUGGGAAAGGAACCAGUGGAACUGGCCAAGAUGAAGCAGCAGAAGAUAGAGGCGAUAGUUUCUCAGUAUGAUGCUCCGAUCUGUGGGAAUAUACUUGAUGAUAUUCCAGAGUAGAUUGAUAUAUCAGGGAUUACUAGGUAUCGAGUGCUCGAUUUAUCUAUGCGCUUUCCGUUACGUUAGCGUAUGCUUUAUCAUUGCAGACUUGAUUUACUACUGAAUAUGAACUAUCACUAUUAUGUACCACC